AUGCAUCUACUACAAGCCGAGGCUCAGAUGGUUCCGUUCCCUGCAGCGCGUCUGCAUCAGGAACCUGCCAUGUGCGAUUGCCAGCACAAACCGCUUCUGAGCCCUGCUAUCAUAGAACCGCGAGGAAUGGAGCCCGCCGCCCAGAUCGUUUGCCAUUUAGCAUCCUCGUUCUACGAUGGGAAUGCCGAGUCUCGGCUGGCGAACGACAUUGAGUCCUCUGCAGCCAGUUCAAUCUUCGGCGACGAGCUUGACCCAGACUACGAAAUCAUGGCAGCGUCGCUGAGCUCUGCUGUCACUGCUCAGUAUAUUGCCGAGGUCCAGGGGUUGACAACGAACCUCUCGUGUGGAAUUGCAACCACAGCGCUGCUGUUGUACGACGUCAUUCUCACCUCAGGCAGGGAAUACCAGUACAUCUGGCGAUCAAAGAAGUCCUGGGUAUCUCGAGGCCUAUAUGUAUGGAACAGGUACAUGUACUUGUUGUAUCUUCUCAUGAAUCUUGGGACCAUUCCGCCAAUAUCGGACAUAAGGUGGAUGCAUGUCCUCAUGCUUACAUUGCAAACUCUCUCUGAUGUUGGGCUUGCUGGAAGCUGUGCCUCACUCGCCUGGAUCGCCUAUGUCCUAGACGUCCUGAGUCUGAUUGGACCUGCCAUGUUCACUACCCUGCGGAUAUACGCGCUCUCAAGAAAUAGCAAGAUCCUAGGUGGUGCGGCACUACUACUAAGCAUGGUGCCCUUCGUGGUCAACGCGAGCACCGCAUACCUGAAGUUACCAAUCAAUCUCCCCGCACCGUUGAACUGCCAGUACGCAAACGCUGCGAGCACGGGCCUCAGCAUUGGGUGGGACUUCUUCCUCCUGGUCGUGGCCUCUAGGGGCUGUCUGAUUCUUGUGGACUCCCUGGCGGUUGUUGUCACCUGGAGCCAAACACGUGCAGCGAUUAAGCUAAGGGCAGGUACUUUGAAGCAUCCUUCCCUCCAACAAGUGAUGUGGGAAAAUGGGACUGUCUACUUUUGCAUACUGGUUUCCAUGAAUGUGGUGGACAUGGUGCUGGUUCUACUAUCUAUUGCCAUAGAAUUGGAAGGGGUAUCCUCGUACGUUAUCUUAUUCAUCGACCCAAUAUCCUCCGUCUUGAACAGUCGCUUCUUGCUCGCUAUCCACGAGACGAACGCGCGGCUGGAAGGGGCAGCGGAUACCUCCAUAUCCUCUCUCUCUCUACACACCGGUAGGGGGGGCACCGCGCAGGCAGGCUCACCUGAGCUCCCGGAUUUCCUCGGCAUCAUCGGGGGCUCUUUCCGCUCGUUCCAUGACGACAACGAGGACCUGCAAUCGCUUGAAUUUGCGCCGCCGCAGGAUGAGGAGCAUCAGUCCGAGCCGGAAGGAGAUAUUCAGGAGAUUAGGAGGGACGGAGAGUAUAUGGCCUGA